AUGCCUUCGCGGAAGCCCAGCAAGUAUGGGAACAAUAAAUUUCGAUCCGGCGCUGCGUCCUCGAACCCUCGACGUACCAAGACCGUUGAGUUCGGCUCCCUACGUUCCACCGAAGCCACCUCUACAGAUGAGAAAUUUGAGUCAAUUCGCUUGGCAAACAGCAUCGAUGAAUCCCUCGGGUUUCCGCGUUUUGAGUCCGGCGAAACAAGAUCUGGAUGGCUUAUCAACAUGCACAGUACGACAAUACAAGAUCCAAAUGUGCAAGGAGGCCGCGCUGGUGUCGACUACUACUUCAUACAAGAUGAUGGGGGCAGUUUCAAGGCGACUGUGGAAUAUGAUCCGUAUUUUCUCAUCGCAGUGAAGAGAGGCCAUGAGAUGGAAGUGGAAGAAUGGUGUCGGCGAACGUUUGAAGGAUUGAUCAAGAGCUUCAACCGAAUUGACAAGGAGGACCUCGACCUCCCGAACCACCUGCUUGGACACCGAAGAACUCUUAUAAGAUUUAACUUCACUAAUGUUAGUAACCUUCUCGAGGUUCGCCGAACACUUCUCCCUUUAGCAGAGAAAAACAAGAAGAAUGCGGGUGCAAUGGAUGCAUAUGUCGAAAUGACCAGUACGGCGACUGGCUUCGACCUUUUUGAUGACGAAAUAAGUAAUGAGCAACGACCUAAUGGCAACAUGCAAGCGAGUGAUUUUAUUGUUGAUAUUCGAGAAUAUGACGUUCCAUACCAUGUCCGAGUGUCCAUCGACAAGGACAUUCGGAUUGGAAAAUGGUAUAAUGUGGAGGCAAAGCAUGGUGAAAUUAACCUAACUUGCCUGGAAGAGCGACUUCAGCGUGCCGAUCCUGUUGUGAUGGCAUACGAUAUCGAGACCACAAAACUGCCUUUGAAGUUCCCCGAUGCGGCUUUCGAUCAGAUCAUGAUGAUUUCGUAUAUGAUCGAUGGACAGGGAUUUCUUAUCACCAACCGAGAGAUUGUGUCCGAGGAUAUCAAUGAUUUCGAAUACACACCGAAACCAGAGUACAACGGACCAUUUGUGAUUUUCAAUGAGCCCAACGAACGAGGUGUAAUAGAGCGAUUCUUCGAGCAUAUCAAGAUCGCCAAACCCACUGUUAUCGCCACAUACAACGGUGACUUUUUCGAUUGGCCGUUUGUGGAAGCAAGAGCAAGUGUUCAAGGAAUCGAUAUGUACACCGAGAUUGGGUUCAGAAAGAACAGUGAAGACAUCUACCAAGCCAAUCACUGCGUUCAUAUGGAUUGUUUUUCAUGGGUCAGUCGUGACAGUUACCUUCCGCAGGGAAGUCGUGGUCUGAAGGCAGUGACUGUAGCCAAGCUUGGCUACGAUCCCGAUGAACUUGACCCUGAGUUGAUGACUCCAUAUGCGAGCGAGCGACCUCAAACUCUGGCCGAGUACUCCGUUUCCGACGCCGUUGCUACGUACUACUUAUACAUGAAAUAUGUCCACCCCUUCAUUUUCUCUCUGUGCACCAUCAUUCCCCUCAACCCAGACGACACCCUUCGAAAAGGAACGGGAACACUGUGUGAAAUGCUUCUUAUGGUAGAGGCUUACAAGGGCGAGAUCGUGCUACCCAACAAGCACAAAAGCCCAGUAGAGGCUUUUUAUGAUGGCCAUCUGCUCGACUCAGAAACUUACGUGGGUGGUCACGUCGAGAGUAUUGAGGCUGGUGUGUUCCGAAGUGAUAUUCCUGUGACAUUCAAUGUGCACCCUUCUGCAAUUGAUGAGCUGCUUGCAGACUUGGACCACGCUCUCAAAUUUAGUAUCGAGGUUGAAGAAAAGAAGUCCUUGGAUGAUGUAACAAACUUUGACGAUGUCAAGGCACAGAUCGCCGAGCGCUUGCUUGACCUGAAGAAUAACCCGCACCGAAAUGAGGUGCCUUUCAUCUAUCAUUUGGAUGUCGCAUCCAUGUACCCUAACAUCAUGAUCACCAACCGACUGCAGCCCGACUCUAUGAUCGACGAAUCGGACUGUGCAGCGUGUGAUUUUAAUCGACCCGGUAAAACCUGUGAUAGACGAAUGCCAUGGGCAUGGCGUGGUGAAUAUUUGCCUGCCAAACGUGACGAGUACAACAUGAUUCGACAUGCUACUGCCAACGAAAAAUUUCCUGGCAAGCAUAAGAAUUCUCCAAUGAGAUCUUUCAAUGAUCUCAGUGUCGAGGAACAGGCUGCAGUGGUGAGAAAGCGACUAUCAGACUACAGCAAGAAAAUUUACCACAAAAUCCACGAUAGCAAAACCAUGGUGCGAGAGGCUGUCAUCUGCCAGCGAGAAAAUCCCUUCUACGUUGAUACUGUUCGCAGUUUCCGUGAUCGGCGGUAUGAUUUCAAGGGCAAGCAGAAAGUCUGGAAGAACAAGACAGACUCCCUGGUGUCAUCAGGUGCAUCGGCAGCUGAAAUUGACGAAGCUAAGAAAAUGAUCGUUCUUUUCGAUUCCUUGCAACUUGCCCACAAGGUCAUUCUGAACAGUUUCUAUGGUUAUGUCAUGCGAAAGGGUUCCCGAUGGUAUUCUAUGGAAAUGGCCGGUGUCACUUGUCUCACUGGUGCUCAUAUUAUCCAGAUGGCACGAGAGCUUGUGGAACGUAUUGGUCGACCACUGGAGCUCGACACUGAUGGUAUUUGGUGUAUGCUUCCCGGGACGUUUCCCGAAAACUUUUCUUUUACACUGAAGAAUGGGAAAAAGUUGGGCAUUUCAUAUCCUUGUGUCAUGCUUAAUCACCUCGUCCACGCAAAAUACACAAACCCACAAUACCAGGAGCUUGUAGACCAAGCUACGCACAAGUAUCGAACAUUCAGUGAAAACUCCAUUUUCUUCGAGGUCGACGGACCUUACAGAGCAAUGAUCCUUCCUACGUCAAAAGAGGAAGACAAGAACUUGAAAAAACGAUACGCCGUUUUCAAUCACGAUGGUUCAUUGGCCGAACUGAAGGGUUUUGAAGUUAAGCGAAGAGGAGAGCUGAAGCUCAUCAAGAUUUUCCAGACUCAGAUCUUCAAAUUCUUCUUGGACGGCGCUAACCUCGGUGAAACGUAUGCUGCAGUCGCUCGGGUAGCUGAUCGUUGGCUUGAUGUCCUCUAUGAACAUGGUACGACAUUGGCUGAUGAGGAGCUGAUCGAGCUAAUCUCGGAGAAUCGAAGCAUGAGUAAGACGCUGGAAGAAUAUGGAAGUCAAAAAUCCACGUCAAUCACUACUGCCAAGCGUCUCGCAGAGUUCCUGGGCGAGCAGAUGAUCAAAGACAAGGGUCUAAACUGCAAGUACAUUAUAUCUUCUAGGCCAAGAAACACGCCUGUCACCGAGAGAGCCAUUCCAGUUGCGAUUUUCUCCGCCGAGGAGAGUGUCAAGCGCUUUUUCCUACGGAAAUGGCUGAAAGAUGACCCUGGAGAUAUGGACCCUCGUAGUAUCAUUGAUUGGAACUAUUACCUCGAGCGUCUGGGCUCGGUGAUUCAAAAGCUGAUUACAAUUCCGGCUGCUCUCCAGAAGAUUCGAAACCCAGUUCCAAGAGUUGCUCAUCCUGAGUGGCUACAGCGACGCAUCAAUCAACUUGAUGAUAAGUUCAAGCAGAAGAAGAUGACUGAUCUCUUCCAGAAAUCAGACAAAGCUCCUCUUUCAUCAAUCUCUGCCAACAUUCUGGAGCACCGCGUCCAACAUGUUGGUGAUAUAGAGGAAGUGAUUGCCAAUUCGACACAAAAGCUAAAGUCGUCACCUGAGACGAAGACGUCACACAAACGAAAGCAACCUGAGGGUAAAACUGCCCUCGACCCCUUAGCCAGCCUUCCUGCGGUCAUGCCGUCUAUCACAGAUGACUACCAGGGAUUCAUCAAAUACCAAAAGCAAAAAUGGAAAAUCCAGAAGCAGGCCCGACUUCGUCGUCGCCAAUUGUUUGGCGAACGUACUAAUGUUGCUUCGGACAGUUUGAGCGGAUUUUUCCGCAACCAGGCCCAGAUGUUGUACAUCAGCACCUGGCAGGUUCUCCAGCUUUGUGAAAUGGGUCGUCCUGGAUAUGUACGAGCCUUUGUGUUGAUCGAUCAAAAGGUCCAUGCGCUCAGUGUCAGAGUUCCACGACAGUUCUUUGUAAACCUAAAGCGAGAAUCUUUACCUGAUAUCGAGGUCCCAGACUGUGAAGUUGAAAAAGUCAACCACACGCUUCCCAAUGGCCAUCCUUCUGUUCAUCUUUUCAAGUUGUCAAUGUCUGAGGAAACAUUCCUCGAGGAGUCCGACAAAAUGGAAGUUCUUUUCCAGCAUCCUAGCAUUGAGGGUGUCUACGAGCGAAACAUUUCGCCCAGUAUCAGAGCAGUGCUUAAGCUCGGAAGUCACUGCACAUUCGACGAAGAACAACAAGGCGUCCUUGGUGAUGGAUUGGAAAAGGGCUUCGAUCUUGCCACAUUACUCCACGCCACAUCUGACCGGCCAUAUCUCAUGGAUUCGCCAUUGGUGUACCACUACCUGUACCAUGUCUCCUCUGGAGAGCGUCAAAUUUUUGCUUUGUUCUCAACGACCAAGAAUGAGGCAAACAUCGUUAUCUUGAAUCGCUCGAGGGACAGCCAGGGCUUACCGAAUGUUGACAAGACCUAUUUGGAAUUGCUAGCUCGCAAACUCCAAGAUGCAUCCGCUGACGAGUCGCUAAAUGCCUUCCAGUACCAGGACAAAAUCCGCUUCAAGACGACCCAAGUGAUGACCCGACGAAAGGCACACCUUGAAGUCGGUGAUUUGAUCCGCAAACUUCGCAACGACGAAACUCAACCAGCCGUCAUGAUCAUUCAAUCCCAGCAAAAGGAUCGUCUGUGUCAUGAUAUUCCUAUCUUGAAAGAUUAUCCAAUUUUAUCCGUUAAGCCUGAAGUGUCGGACAUGGACAUGCCACCACUUGGAUGGCAAUCUUUCAUUAGCAGGCGCAUCGUUACACAUUAUCUAUACUUGUCUGCUUGGGUUCAGCAUCUCACCCUACUCGCGCGUUAUGGGGAUCUGCCUCUGUGCAAUUUGGAGAGUGAUGACCCUCGGUUCCUCAUCGACAUAUCGUAUGCCAGAAGACUUCAGAAGAGUAAUGUCGUUCUAUGGUGGUCAGCAGGGCCAAAACCCGACCACGCUGGCUAUGAAAAGGAUGACGUAGUGGGCCCGAUCGAAAAGAUCAGCAUGCCUUCUGUGAAUAUGCCUAAUGCUUAUUCGACUGUCUGCAUCGAGUUGGAUGUUCGAAACCUCGCCAUCAACACCAUCCUCUCAUCCUCUCUCAUCAAUGACAUGGAUGGCAACGACAACUUACUAGCUCCUUCGGGUGACGAAGAUACAGGCGUCCUUUACUCCGAGAAAGCCUUUGCUUCUGCUGGUGCUGUUGUCUUGCGCGGGAUGGUCAAGAGUUGGUGGACGGAGGCCUGUGCCGGGAAUAGCAUGGCCGACAUUAUGGUGCAGCAUCUGAUCCGAUGGGUGGAAAGCCCCGUGUCGUGCCUCUAUGAUCGGUCACUGCACAACUAUAUCAGGUUGCUCUCACGCAAGUCGUUCCAGCGGCUGAUGGGUGAGUUCAGACGAGUUGGAUCCCACAUCAUCUUUGCAAGUUCUACUCGCCUGCUGCUUCAGACCACAAAGACAGAAGUCGGUAAUGCUUAUGCCUACAGCCAGUACGUGUUGAAGUCUAUCCGGGCGAAUCCGGCUUUCCAUUUUGUCGAUCUCGAGAUCAAGGAGUACUGGGAUUACCUAGUGUGGUAUGAUGAGUACAACUAUGCAGGCAAGGGCUGCAGCGAGGUAGUCGAGGCCGACAACCAAGAACUUGAAACUAUUAUGCAUUGGCAAUUGAGUCGGUUCCUGCCAGCACCUAUGCAGACCAUCUUCCACGACUGGAUCGUCGAGUAUAUCGAGUUGAUGCACUCUUUGAAACGGCCAGAUCUGGAUGGCGAUAUGUCUUCGACUCCUCGUCUCACACAGAUUCCGAUCGGAGAACCUAGCGAAAAACAAAGUGAAGAGAUUACCGCAAUUCUUGCGGAUCGAUUCUCAAAGCCCCUAAAGAAGCAGAUCUCCGGACUGAUCCGUCGCCAACGUGAUGAGAUGCUCCAUCCCGAGCUAGCAUCUGAUUACGCCUUCCCCGUCCUUCCUGGUGUCCUCAUCGAUCGCAAAGGAGACAAACGAAACCCUGCGCUAGAGCUCGUCAAGUUGCUCAUGCAAAUUUUGAGCCUGUCCAAAACAACUACCCUCGAGACCAGGCUGUUGCGUCGCGAACUGCUGGCACUUUUUGAAGUGCGCGAGUUCAGCAAAGAGGGUCGCUUCGAAAAUCCAAGUGUGAACCUGAAGCUUCCGGAACUCACUUGUAACGCUUGCUGUCUCAUUCGGGACUUGGAUUUGUGUCGUGACGAGGAUGUGCUCCCUGAUCCCGGUGCUGACAACAAGACCCCUAAACCCUGGCGUUGUUCGUUCUGUCAAACUGAAUACGACCGGCUAGCUUUGGAAGAGGUUCUCAUCGGCCAGGUUCAUGGCCUUUGUACUGAAUGGUGCACUCAGGACCUGAAAUGUUCCAAGUGCAACCAGAUUAAAAUCAGCGAAUUUAUGGAACACUGUUCAUGCAGUGGUACAUGGUCACCCACAGUUGAUCGCAAAGAGAUUGAGAAAAGGCUACGCAUGUUGCAAAGUGUUGCCAAGUUUCAUUCUUUACAAUUGUUGGAGAAUGUAGCUGGAGAGAUAUUAUCCCACAUCUAA